CAACAUCUCGUGCGGUAAAAGGAAACAACAGCUGAUUUACCAACCUCACAACUCACUCGAAAGUAUCACAGCCAAAUCUUUACCAGUCUUGGACGUUGUAGAGGAAAUUUAUUACAUACUGAGGAAAAAGUUUAUUCUUUAAGGAUGACUACGAACGGCCAGGAAUUUGGCACGUUCUAUAUGUACAAAGACGCCAAACCUACUGUGGAGAGUCGCUACCCAAUACUGCAAUACUUCAAACGUAAACUUAAAAUCGGACAAUUUGACCCGGAAGAUAAGAGAAGGGCAUUGGUAAAGAAAUCCGGACAUUACCGCGUCAAAUACACAGGACUAAAGGAGUUCCGAGGGCUGUUCUUACGAGACCUGUACAUAACUUUAAUCGAUCUACAAUGGCGAUAUGUCCUGGCCAUCGUCUUCAACAUGUAUCUGAUCACCUUCUUCUUCUUCGGUGUGUGUUGGUAUUGGAUAAUGGCCAGCAAUGGCGACUUCGACCACCUCAACGAUCCUAACUGGAAGCCAUGUCUAUCCGGGGUCUACACAUUCGCCGGCACGCUCAUCUUCUCCAUCGAAACACAGACGACAAUUGGUUACGGUUAUGCUUAUCUGAACUCGGAAUGUUCAAGCACGCUUGUGUUGCUGUUCAUCCAGAUCACUUGCGGGAUACUUAUGGAGAAUCUUUUAUUGGGCUUCGUCUUCGUCAAGUUUGCUCAGCCAAAGCGCCGACAGAAGACCAUUGUCUUUAGCAAGACCGCCGUCGUCAACCAGGAAAAUGGCAACUUUUGUUUGCAGAUACGUCUAGGAGACAUGCGACAGAGCCAUCUACUGGAUGCCAGGGUGCACGGAGUCCUCGCCAAAAAGCAUGUAACCACAGAAGGCGUGCAGUAUCCCCUCUAUCUUCACGACAUGGAGUUCCAAGCACAGGCGAUGGGAAAAAAGAUCGUACUCAUGUGGCCACUAGUCCUUUCUCAUAAAAUCACUUCCGAAAGUCCAUUUUGGAACAUCAAACCAGCUGACCUUAUGAGCGACUUGUAUGAAUUGAUCAUAUAUGUCGAAGGCACUAUCGAAUCUACCGGAGAAUACUGCCAGGCUCGCACCUCAUACCUUCCCUCGGAAAUCCUCUGGGGACACCGUUUUGACAGGCUAGAAGAGUUCGACUCCGGAAAUGGAAGAUGGGAAGUGGAUUUUGAAGGCUUCCAUGACGUAAUAUACACGACUAACAUCCGACAGAGCGCAAAGGAAUUGUAUGACUUAAAAUUCAAUCCCACCAAGGAUAACACAAAGGAUGACACCACCAGUCCCAGAAGCAAGACACCUAGUCCUCCACUUUCAGUUUCUCUCCAUACUAUUCCAUACGAUUCCCCGCCCACGUCAGAGAACUUCAAGUUCAAUGACGCCACGGACACAACAAUUGGAUCGGAAGAAACUUCAAUUAUGCCAGAAAUGACUUCAGAGGAUGAAAUGGAAAACUACUUUCAUUCUACACAAACUAUUUCCGGAAACGAAGACGAGAGUGGAUCGACAGAUGGAACUACUCUAGACACAAAUCCUAAAGAGGAAACUGAAAUACACAGCGACCUCGGCAACGGUAACUUGGGCGAUAUACAGGAAGAAGAGGAGAGCGAUAAUUUAGCUAGAUACAAGUAUGCCGAUGCUGAUGACGACGACGAUGAUGAUGAAAAAUCAGAUGACGAAUACCUAUCAUCCUGAUAUUUGUGGAUUUGAUUAGGAAACUUCUGACAGAGAGCGAGAGAGAAAGUUGUCGCAUUGACCACAAAUAUCUCGCUGAUGGUUUGAGACAAUUUACAAUUAAAACUAUUGUCCCGAUUCUUCUACCUUGACCACAAGGGUUACAGAUUUUACAUAGUCCCGUUCCAUAUAAAAAUCUGUACAAGUGAUAGGUUGCACGUGCUGACCUGUUGACGGAAGGAAUAUGCGUAUUUUUCCCGCGCUUAUCUGACACUUAAGAUGAUGCUUAAUCAUAAAACAAUAUGUCAAUGGAACCGAUAGUACAUUGUACCUUCAUGUCUUAAAUAGUUGUAAAUAAUUUCUUUAUCUUUUGAGUAAUGACAUUUCUAUGCAAUUUCACCGAUCUUGAAGACGAGGUAUUUAAACAAUACAAUGUCGUCUUCAUGCAAAUUAUUCAUCCACAGGAAAGAAUGGUGUAUAUGUGUAACUGUAUGUUAUUUUACAAUUCAUUUAUUUCGAAUGAAUAAACUAAUUAAUGGAAGAAAGUA